AUGGAAGAUAAAAACGACAGUGGAAGCCCAACUUGGCAGGAGCAGUGGGCCGAAUGGACCAACGUCUUACCAAACGGCAACACAGAAUACCUGCUCAUCUGCCUUGGCUACAUCAUAAUAUUUGCAUAUCAUACUCGUCACAGUAUCUUGGGUUACUAUGGACACCCACGUGCAGAGAAAUCCCUGGCACUGGCCUUACAUGUUCUGGCUGCUACUUUUGAGCUUACGCGAUACUAUUUUCGUGCCUCCAGAAGGACAGUACAGCCAGAUCUCUUCGACACGGCUGCCUGUAUGAUCCAUUCAAUCACCAGCCUCCGUCUAGCUAGAACGCUGCGCCGGGGGGAUAAAACCACUCGGGCAUCAUACCAGGCGCCGGCGAUGCUGCGGCCAGUGCUAUCCUUUGCUGCAGUGGUACGACAGGACUCUUUCGCGCAUGAGGCUUGCGUCAAACUUCUCCAUGCUUUCUUGUACACCCGGCUGCUCAUUUUUAUGUCCAAGAGGAUUGGCAUGGGGAAGAUUCAGUCUCAUUCUACCAUAUACGCUCAAGCGGUAACCCUAGGGGCCAUUUUAGCCAUUAUUUCCUCGGGUCUUCCGGCAGGAGUGCCGAUAUACAUCGGAUCGGUCGGCUUAGUUAUGGUAUUCAAUCAGCAAACACCCAGCAAUCUCCCUUCGUCGGCUCAUUUGACAGGUGCCAAUGGAAGACGUCCCGAUACUAGAGUCGUUGGUUCGACCUCUGUCAAGAGGACCAAGGAAAGUGUCGAACGGGCCGUUACGAAAGUCAUCCAAUGGCUAGGUUUGUUCGAAAUCAAUGGUUUUGAAAUGAAGCACCUCUCGCCCGGUAUACCUGCUGGUGAUUUUGAUGAAUACGCCGAGAAGAAGCUUGCCGCUAUAUGA